AGGCUGCUCCGUGUCCAUCAUGGAGCCAUGGCCAGGCACCGGCCAAAAGCCCUAUGUCCUUAUCGAACCUUGGUGGGGGUCCUUUUGCUCUGCAUUCUUGUCGCUUUCUUGCUGGGACGACCCACGCUGACGGCCUCCGUCGCGGAAGUGGUGCCGGCUGUGCCGGCUGUGCCCAGCCAGGAAAGCAACUCUGACCUCCAAUCCACUGCAGCUCCAGAGGCUCUUUCGGUCCAAGCGACGACUGUGGAGCCAACACGAGCUCCAGACCGUUCCCAGUAUGGCUUCUACUUGCAUGUGCAUGGACACCCAGCAGCAGUGAUUCAUCAAGUGCGAGAAGUGAAAAAGUGGUUUCCUGGCUCACCGAUUCAUGUCAUGAGCGACGGCAAUAUGGAUUUCGGCGCCCUGUGUGCCCUUGAGAACUGCAGCUUCGUCUUGUGUCCUCCGGCCAAUGACCGUUGGCACCCAUGGCCCUUUCUUCGGCGACUUUAUGAUGCAGCGGUGAUCCUGAAAUCAGAGUUUGUGAUCCUCCUGGAACCCGACAACACGAUCCACGGACGAAUCAAGGCAACGCCAGAGUUCGAUGCUGGUGGGCUCCGAGUGAAGGAACGAUCCUUUGCGGGAGCAGAGUACGUGCAGAACUUAGCCCGUGAGCGGCAGCCCGGCUUCAAGUGGACCCGGGAGAAUCAGGAGGCUGGGUUGUGCGGUGGCUCCUACUACCGAAGCGCUGCAGUGCUGGACGCGUUUUCGGAUGAGAACGUGGCCAAGAUUGACUGGAAUAUGCUGGGAGAGAAGUUCAGUAAGGAGAUCUAUUCCUCAGACUUCGCCAUGCAGUUUGCUUUGGCCGCGCGGGGUUAUACCAUCAUGCCUUGGAAUGAAUCAGCGCAGAUGCACCAGGAUAAGGAGAUUCCACUGUCAGGGCCAAAGGAUGCUGCCUUCCGCCACUAUUCUGGACCCGUUGGAAAGCCCACCUACGAGUUGAAACUGCAGAAAGAGGAUAGCAAGCUGGCCAAGGAGAGACCUGCAAAGUACCAGGGGAAGGAUCCGAAUUGCCAAGUGUGUUACAGCUUUCAACGCUACGUCCAGCUUUGGGGGUCGCCCAAAUGCACCAACUCUUUACCCUUCGAGUACUCAGAUUUGAUGCUGAAGAGGUAUCACCCCAACUUGGCAAAAGAGCCCUGCCACCCAGACAUUGGAAGUUUGUGUGAGCCUCACAAAUUGCACCCACGCUAUGCAGUCAAUGAAGUGGACACCACCCCAGCAGCCGCAGCGGAAGUCCCAGGCAGCGGUCGAAAGCUCUACGGCUUCUAUUUGCACGUUUUUCAUUCGCCAGCUGCAGUGUUUUAUCAGGUGCGGAAACUCAAAGAAGUUUUCCCCGGAUCUCCGAUCUACGUGAUGAGUGAUGGCGGCGCUGACUUCAGUCCCUUCUGCGAACAAGAAGGUUGUACCUUCAAAAUGUGUCCACCGGCGAACGAUCGCUGGCAUCCAUGGCCCUUCUUUCGGAGGCUCUAUGUUGCCGCAGUCAGUCUCAAUACCGAAUUUGUGAUCAUGAUCCAUGGCCCCAUCAAACAUCGCCCGAAGUACGAUGCGGGUGGCCUCCUGGUACGUGAUCGGAGCUUUGCCGGAGCAGACUACGCCCCUCGGCGAGUUCUGACGGAAGGAAGGUGGACCAAGAAGAAUCAGCAGGAGAAACCCGGGUUGGUCCCUUCCAUAUUUGGUGAUGGCAGAUCCACACGUCACAUUGGCCUGGUGGGCAAUGCCGGACUCUGCGGUGGCUCCUACUACAAGCGGGAGGCCAUUCUGGAUGCGCUUUCGGAUGAGCGCAUGGCCCAACUCGAUUGGACGCUGGGAGAUGGCCCUGGAGAUGGCGUCACGGAAGUUCCAAAUGUGGCGAUUGUGGUUCAGCUGGUCCAAGCUGCCAUGGAUGCCAUGGAUCCCAGGAAUUUCCUGGGCGAACGCUUCACCAAAGAGAUCUACUCCUCGGAUUUCGCCUUGCAAUACGCCUUAGCGGCUCGGGGAUGGACCAUCAUGCCCUGGAAAGAAGCUGCCCAAAUGCAUGACAACAAGGAGAUUCCAUUGGCCGGCCCCAAAGAUGCAGCAUUCAGACACUACUCUGGGCCAGUGGGAAAGCCAACCUAUGAAAUGAAGCUCAGGAAAGAGGAUGUUCGCUUGGUCAAAGAUCAACCGGCCGGGCGAAAUUCCGGGGAAAAGAUUCCAAUUGCCAGCGACUUGGAUCGAACAAGCGGCCGUGGUGCGGUCGUAGCAUGGCCAAUUUUCACUUGUGUCACGGGGCUUUUGGGUGAAGGUGUUCCUCUAACUGCUGGGCUUAUCACCUUUCUACGCAGUCCCACAGCGUUUCCGCUUUGCUACAACUUGACACGUUACGUUGAGAUCUAUGGCUCCAGCGACUGCACCAGCGAAGUGCCGCUGCUUGGAGCAGAACUGGAGCUAGGAGGUCCUGAGAGGUUUACCUAUUCAGGCCUUCUCUUAGAGCGUUACCAUCCCGAGCUCAAGAGCCGCAUGUGUGAUUUGCCCUGGCUGUGCGAGCCGGGCACCAUGCUAUCCUUUGGGCCAAGUAAGCCAAGGAUACGGUUGACGCCGCACCCCCAACAGCUUGGUUUGACGCGUGCGUUGAGCUGCAAUGAAGGGCCAAGGGCAUUUGGCAAGAGGGACAACUCCGUGGGUCUGAAGUGGGAGCGCGGCAGCGAAGAUGAGGAGGAGGAACGUGCCGAUUUGGCGCGCUACGGCAAGAACUGGCAAAAGGUGCGGCGUGCCGUGGAAGCGGGUUUUGCGCUGAAAGAUUUGUUGCAAGAUGUCCGUGAGAGCCAGACCAACAGCCUCUACGAUCGUGAUUGGAACCGUCCACAGUUUGGCGGCAGCAUCAAAUUGAUGGGACCCAGGAUGCCCACGCAAUUCCUGGGCUCGCCCCUGCUGGGCUCCCAGCGCCUCGCGCACACGGCCGGGGACUCGCCGCUCCGUGGCGCGGCCAAGUCGCAGAAGCUCCGGGUGCAUGCGAAGUCGCAGAAGGUCACCAAAUUCAACAUGGACAUGGAGGAUGACAACGAGGGAUCAGCCCCACUUCCUCGGGGUCCAGUUGGAGGCCCGAAAGCAGGAAAUGCGGGCCCUAGCAACCCGACCACAUACACCAUGGACGACGACGAUGCCGUGAAAGCAUCUGCUCCACUUCCUCGCAAGGGAGGCCCGAAAGCAGGAAAUGCGGGCGCUGGCAACCCGACCACAUACACCAUGGACGACGACGAUGCCGUGAAAGCAUCAGCUCCACUUCCUCGCAAGGGAGGCCCGAAAGCAGGAAAUGCGGGCGCUGGCAACCCGACCACAUACACCAUGGACGACGACGAUGCCGUGAAAGCAUCAGCUCCACUUCCUCGCAAGGGAGGCGCCUCAGCAGGAAAGGGGCAUUUGUUUCUAGCAGGGUUCAAGUUAUACAAUUCCAUUUAA